UACUAACAUAAAUAAAGGAGACUCCUCAGCUGGUGGAGGUGGCUAAGGAGGAAAAGUAAAUAAGACAGGCUGCCUCAGACCUGUCCACCAGACUCUGCAUCUUUCUCUGUGUGAGACCUGAUAAAAUGCCUUUCUGCUCAUCAUGGAUCAAAGCUCUCUUCAUCAUUAUGUUGGCAUUUCCUCUUUAUUCUGAAAGUUUCUUUCAAAGGUCAUUUCGCCGACAUCCGCCAAACUGUGAUCUAUACGUAGAUCAGCUACAUCUUUGCACCAGACAAAUGGACCCGAUCUGUGCAACCAAUCGUCAGACUUACAGCAAUAAAUGUGUUUUCUGCAGUGAAAUGAUGGAAAGUGGUCAAGCAUUUCAAUUUGAUUUUUACGUAACAUUGUCCAACACACUUGGACAUGUCAUCAGAAGGGAUCAAUCACUGGAGAAGGACAUCGUGUUUGGUGAAGUAGAGGGCCAGUGUGAAUGA